GCUCGGCUCUGCACGGCACAGCUCGGCUCAGCCGCGCGGUUCGGGAGACAGCAUGGCGCGGGCGAGGUUUUGGCGAGCGCUGCUCGCCCUGGGGCUGGGACUCUCGCUACUGAUGGUCGUGGCCGGUGACUUCUGUGAUGUGAACCACUGUCAGAAUGGGGGCACCUGCCUGACCGGGAUUAAUGAGACCCCCUUCUUCUGCAUCUGCCCUGAGGGCUACGUUGGGAUUGACUGCAAUGAGACAGAAAAAGGCCCCUGCCACCCCAAUCCUUGCCACAACAACGGCGAGUGCCACGUGGUCCCGAACCGGGGAGACGUUUUCACCGACUACAUCUGCAAGUGCCCUGCGGGGUAUGAUGGGGUGCACUGCCAGAACAACAGGAAUGAGUGCUACUCCCAGCCUUGCAAAAAUGGAGGCACGUGCCUGAACCUGGAUGGUGACUACAGCUGCAAGUGUCCUUCUCCAUUCCUGGGGAAGACCUGCCAAGUCCGCUGUGCUGUUCUCUUGGGCAUGGAAGGAGGAGCCAUCUCUGAUGCCCAGCUCUCUGCAUCCUCUGUCUACUAUGGAUUCCUUGGCCUCCAGCGCUGGGGCCCAGAGCUCGCCCGCCUCAACAACCAUGGCAUUGUCAAUGCCUGGACCUCCAGUGACUACGACAAGAGCCCCUGGAUCCAGGCCAACCUGCUGCGGAAGAUGCGCCUGAGCGGGAUCAUCACGCAGGGUGCCCGCCGCGUGGGCAAGGCCGAGUACGUCCGUGCCUACAAGGUGGCCUACAGCCUGGAUGGGCGGGAGUUCACCUUCUUCAAGGAUGAGAAGCAGGAUGUAGAUAAGGUUUUUGCAGGGAAUGUGGACUAUGGCACCAUGCAGACCAACAUGUUCAACCCCCCCAUCACGGCCCAGUUCAUCCGCAUCUACCCUGUGAUGUGCCGCCGCGCCUGCACCCUGCGCUUCGAGCUCAUCGGCUGUGAGAUGAACGUGUAUUUCAACACGGCAGGUUGCUCGGAGCCUCUGGGCAUGAAGUCCCGCCUCAUCUCCGACCAGCAGAUCACAGCCUCCAGCGUCUUCAAGACCUGGGGCAUCGACGCCUUUACCUGGCACCCCCACUACGCUCGCCUGGACAAGACAGGCAAAACCAACGCCUGGACAGCACUCCACAACGGCCAGUCCGAGUGGCUGCAGAUCGACCUCAAGGACCAGAAGAAGGUGACAGGCAUCAUCACACAAGGAGCCCGUGACUUUGGUCAUAUCCAGUACGUGGCAGCCUACAAGGUGGCCUACAGUGACAACGGCACGUCGUGGACCCUCUACCGCGAUGGCCUGACAAACAGCACCAAGAUCUUCCAUGGUAACAGCGACAACUACUCCCACAAGAAGAACGUGUUCGACGUGCCCUUCUACGCCCGCUUUGUCCGCAUCCUGCCCGUGGCCUGGCACAACCGCAUCACCCUGCGUGUGGAGCUGCUGGGCUGCGACGAGUAGUUGCCCAGGGAGGAAGGACGGGGCUGCUCCUCCUCACCACCCGGCCCACGCCCUGCUCGACCCUACCCACUCCUGCUCUGACCUCACCCCCCACUCCUCUCCAUGUCCCCAAACUUGGGAGGCAGCCAGGAGGGCUCCCCUGCCCCGCACUGGUGCUGGGGCUACAGCACUGCACUUUACGGGGCCCUUUCAUGUGGCAUGGGGGGAUGGCUCCUGCCCUUUUGCCCCUCUAGCCAGGAGUGAAACGCCCUCCUGCAAUUGAGGCUUGCCUGGGGGACCUGCUCCUGCAACUGGGGUUUCCUUGGGGGAUGCCAUCCUGCAAAUGAGGCUUUACUGAAGGACCUUGUCCUGCAGAAAGGGCUUGGCUGCAUCCUUCCAGCUAAGCCUGGAGAUGUAUUUUCUCCCCAUUUUGCUUCUGCUUCCAGCAGAGAGGCUGCAGCUGGCAGCAGUUCCCUGCCUGCACUGGGGCUUGGGGCUCAGCAGUUCUGGGUGGCUUAGGGCAAGCACCCUGGACUUGCAGCCUGUGAUGUGCCUCCUGCUCCAUGUAUGGCUGCAAGCAGGGACUCUGAAAAACCUUCUUGGCUGUUGUCCCCUGCCCAUUUUGCCAGGCCCUGGGUCUCUUUGCCUGUGGUGUCAGCACCACAUAGUGUGAGGGGAAUGGUGGGAUGGCUCCUAUCAAGAGGCACUGGAUGCCCACUGCCAGUGACUCCCCUCUGGGCACUCAGGGUGGGCACUGCGGCUGCCAUUUUGGUGGGCACUGCCCAUUCCCUUUCCCAGGGUGCGGACUCCAGUGUCUCACCAUUGCCACUGUCCCCAGCUUACUGCAGUCUGGAGGUGCCUGAAGGUCCCUUGUCCCCAGAGCCAAGUGGUGCCCAGUGGGGCUGCAGUCUGACAGAGGGGGAGAGAUGGUUUAUAGCUGCAAGGGCGUGGAGGAAAGGUGGGAAAAGUGGUGGUUUAGCCACCCAAAUACAGUAGGCAGAGAGCUGUGCCAUGACCCUUCUUGUAACCUGAUUUUUUUUCCCUUUCCAUGGGGUGGAGGGGAGCCUCUUGCAAAGCUCGAGCCCUCAGGAUUAGCAGCAGGAGAGGAUGGAACCCGGUGCCAGGCAGCAGGAGCGCGGGCAGGGUGUCCAGGCCGGCUGGGAUGCGAGGCAGCCCUGGGGCCGGUGGCAGGUUUGCUUUGGCAAGCACCGAGGGAGCCCGGGUGGGAUGGUGACCCCGCUCCGGGGUGUCUCUGACAGUAUUAAAAACAGCUGAGACCUUGGA